CCUCGCCGCUCCGCGCGGAACUUGGACUCCCGGAAUAGUCUCGCGGCGCUGUAAAACUUUAUCGCCGAGCGCUAGCCGAAAUCGGACCGAUCUGGUGGACCGCGCGGCAGGCAGGACGAGCUCGUGUUCGUCGCGCUUCCCGUAGCUCCCGUUCGCAGCGAAAUCUCCACGGGGGCUUUCUUAGAUCGGUUCGGCUAGAGGCACGUUUCUUGUUCCUCGAUGGAAGUGGACACGGAGAACGUCACGAUGGACGAGACGGACGCUCUAAUGAGGACCGACGACGGAGGCGGCGUCAUCACCAGUAACGUCAACGACGACGAUGGGGCGCCCACCGUUGAGGAAACUUAUGAGAUUACCACCACCAGACGUAAAACCAUUCGCACCAGCUACAAGAUUCAGGAGACUUCUUCGUCGACCAAGACAACCACCAUGACGACAGCCGCCAAGCUGUACGGCAAGGAUCUGAGCGAGUACGAUGAUAUUGACGUGGAUCAACUAUUGGCAGAGCUUACGCCGGAGGAGCUUAAUAUAUUGGCCAAGGAAGUGGAUCCUGAUGACAGUUUUAUGCCACCCUCGCAACGUUGCAGUUAUGAAUGCAAUAAGAGUCCUACGGGGCCAUUGAAUCGCAAGAAGCUCAUUGAGCAUAUCAAUAAACAAGCUUUAGAGACACCUGAUAUUCCAGAACUGAAGCCAUAUGUACCUGGUGUAAUUAGGGGCAAGAAAUGGGUACCUCCACCACAAGACAACACGAAAGAAAAGGAAGCAGACGAGCAGAUCGCGAUAGAUCUUGGUGAAGAGUAUGAACAAGCGCUUUCGGCCGCCACCCAAGAAGAAAUCAUUGAUCUUGCAGCUAUUCUUGGAUUCCAUUCUAUGAUGAAUCAAGAUCAGUAUCACGCGUCUCUACUGAAUUCUGGACAGCCAGUCGGACUUGGUUGGGACGGUGUGACGAAGGCUAGUCAGCCGAAAAUUUAUCCGAUGGAACCGCCUAAUGAUACAGACGUUGACGCUACCAUUAAACAAGUGCGAGACGAUGAUUCCUCUCUAACUGAUUUAAAUUGGAACAAUAUUAAAAAUAUUUCGGACGAAAAAUUCAUGCAGUUGUUCGAAGGUUUGGAAAUGAACACACAUCUUGAAUCGCUAAGUUUAACCAACGUUGGACUUAAUGACAAGACCGCGCAACGGCUAGCCGAUGCCAUAGAGAAAAAUUCGACACUCAGAGUACUCAACGUGGAGACAAAUUUCAUAAGCCCGCCUGUGAUAGUAAGGCUGAUCAGAUCCCUUCUUAAAACAAAAUCAAUCGAAGAAUUCCGAUGUUCGAAUCAGAGGUCACAAGUAUUGGGUAACAAAAUUGAGAUGGAAAUCACACAAUUGGUAGAACAAAACCCGACGUUGUUGCGACUCGGGUUGCAUCUGGAGUUCAAUGAUGCUAGACAUCGCGUAGCUGCGCAUCUGCAACGCAACAUCGAUAGGAAUCGCCUGCGCCGCAUGGGAAGAGCUUCUCGUAACUACACCAUCGGCUGGGCCAUGCACUGACGAUGAUCGCCACGACGAUGGCAACGGCGACGACGAAGAUGACGACGACAAUGAUACGCUGAUAAGCGCGUGUGAUUUUUCUCGCCGCGUCAAACGCACCGCGCCGUGAAACGGCCUCCACACGCGUACUCACGCACGCACAUGCAUUCACGUAACAUACGUCAUUGUACAGCGCAGGUGUCGAAUCUCUCGGAUUCAAUCUCGGAAGCGUACCAUUUUUGUACUCGUGGAAUUCUAAAUCCUCCAGCUGGAUUUAAAAAAUCGUUCUGAAAUCGUAUUAACGGACAAUUGAAAUUAUUAUACGCGGAGGAAAAGUCGGAAGCUUCGUAUGACAAAUUAUAUGCGGGUGUCUCUCGUCUCUUUGUUGUUUUAAAUAAAUAUAGAUAUAUGUAUACAUACAUUUAUAUAAAUAUAUAUUCCUGCAUCACAUACAAAGCUAUAUCGGGCGAAUAAAGAUACUCCAAUUACGCGUCAUGAUGUAAUAAAUUUAGAUCGUCGAAUAAACGCGUAUUGAUAAUGUUAGUUAAUAUAUACAUAUAUAUAUAUAUAUAUAUGUAUAUGUUAUACAUGUUGCAACGUAUAUAUAAUUGUUAAGUUGUCGGAGAUAAGUUUCGCGGAGGGAACGAUAAGGGAAGUGAAAGGAGCCAAAAGGAUAACCUUUUUAAUAUAAUAUACGCGCCGUUUGCUGUAAACGGUUACUUAACUGGAUUAUUUAAAUAUUUAUACGAGGAGGGAAGGAGUUAUUUCAUUUAAUUAAUUUGACCAAACUUUCGACCGAGUGUAACUGAUCGGGUACAAAAACUGUUCUGUUUUCUAUUUUCUUUCUUCUUUUGUCAAAAUCAUCUCUUUUUACCACUGUAUCUUAGACAGAACGAUUCGUCAUUUCUUAUGUAUCAGAAUAAAUGAGUGGCUAUUCUGUAUUCAGAAUAGCUGUGUCUAAAUGAUUUUAAUGCAUCGCUGUGGCUGAGGUAAGUAUAGGAAAAUUUGUAAACGUAAAGAUUAAAAGACGGAAGAAUCGACACGAUUUUAUUUUUAAUUUAAUGCUUCUAUAUUCUUUAAUCUUCUUCACAGUGCUUUUUUAAAAAUUAAUUGCCACUUUUAUAAAUAGUAAAUGUUGGAAUGUCUAAAGUCGAUUAAUUAAUUGCGAUUACAUAAAUUUUUCAUUAGAUGCAAGUAAAGAACGAUACCACCAACCCGAUUCGUUCCGCUCGGCGUGCAAUGUCACUGUAAUAUUCACUAAGGUACUAACUCGUCGUUCAAAUUAAUCAUAAUUUAGCACAUACAUGUCUACAUGUAUACAAUCAAUCUGUACAUAUUGUCUUCAAUAUCGUUUUUAAUCAAUCGAUGUGACCUACGUGUUGUAACGAGAGAGACUGGAUUUAUUAUAAAAGUGCGCGAGAGAGAAAGUGACGUAAUUGUCUCUGUAUGCAUGCGGGUGCGAACGAGAGGGAGAGAAAGGAGCGCGAAUACGUGGGUGAAGAUAAUUAUGUGGAGAAGUCCUACUGAUGUAAAUCACGCUGAUUGUCAUAGGGUACGUUGUAUGUAUUCGGGAUAACUGAAUUCACGGAGAAUAUGUUGAUCAAAAGUACUGCUGCGCCGUAGAACAGAGUUGUAGAACUGUAGAAAGAGAUUUUAUACUCUCACGCGCUGUAUGAGGAUAUGCAAUCAGUCUGAAUUGUCGCAAUUAACUCGACAGAUUAUAAUUUAAGUAACCCGCACUUGUGUCUUCGCACUUUUGGAAAUGCGUACCGACUUUUUACUUUAGCACCAUCAGUCUCAAGAAUCUUCGAGUUCCGCCGAUCGACUUGGACUUUUCCGUAUCUUCUACGCUUUUCCAUAAAUGAACGUGCCAAGUUCUCCUUGGUAAGCGUAGGUGAGUCGUGGCGGCGAUAAACGGGAAGAAACGAAAAAGAAUA